ACAUCGUUAAAUUUUGCUAUUCUAUAUUUCUGAAACUAGACGUCUUUCAGUGAGACGUCAGACGUCGCGACGUCCAUGUAAACCAAAAUAAUGUUUUUCUUGUAAUUUUGAGUAAAAAUACCUCGAAAUUGGUAGAAAUGAAGUUUGCGGAGCACCUUUUAGCUCAUAUAACGCCGGAAUGGAGGAAACAAUAUAUAAAUUAUGAGGAAAUGAAGUCAAUGCUCUACGCUGCGGUGGAACAGGCGCCUUCGGCUGAAGUAGUGGAACCCCACAUAUUAACCAGAUAUUUUGCUAAGUUCGACGAACAAUUUUUCAGUUACUGUGAUAAAGAAUUGACUAAAAUUAAUACUUUUUAUUCAGAAAAAUUAGCAGAAGCAACUAGGAAAUUUGCAAACCUCAAAAGCGAUCUUAGUGAGGCUCAAGAAAUAGAAUUUGCUGGAAAGAGUAAAACUUCGAUCAAGAACAAUUUGUUAAGAAAAAGGAAUGUCCCGGCUAGGAAAAUACAGGAUCUUAAACUAGCUUUCAGCGAAUUUUACCUCAGCCUAAUUCUACUACAAAAUUAUCAAAAUUUGAAUUUUACAGGGUUCAGGAAAAUACUGAAAAAACACGACAAAUUAUUAUCAGUUGAUAUAGGGACAAGAUGGAGGAUAGAAAACGUAGAAAAUUCGCAUUUUUACACAAACAAAGAUAUAGACAGAUUAAUCAGGGAGACUGAAGCUACUUUUACUCAGGAUUUGGAGAGUGGAGAUAGACAAAGAGCUAUGAAGAGACUAAGGGUUCCACCUUUAGGGGAACAACAAAGUCCGUGGACCACGUUUAAAGUUGGACUAUUUUCUGGAGCAUUUAUGGUAUUAAUUGUAGCCGUUGUUUUGUCUGGUGUGUUUAGAACACACAAAGAUGACUGGCGAAUAGUAACAAGACUAUACAGGGGCCCCCUACUUAUCAUAGAAUUUCUAUUUCUUUGGGGCAUAAAUAUAUAUGGUUGGCGCUCAUCUGGUGUUAACCAUGUCCUUAUUUUUGAAAUGGACCCCAGGAACCACCUGUCAGAACAACAUAUCAUCGAAAUGGCCGCGAUAUUUGGCGUGAUGUGGUCUAUUUCGGUGUUGUCCUUUCUGUACAGUGAUCAGAUUGGUGUACCGGCCUACGUUCACCCUCUGGCCCUCAUUGUGAUGAUGGUGAUGUUCGUUUUCAAUCCCACCAAGACCUUCAGGCACGAGGCUAGAUUCUGGGCGCUGAAAGUGCUGGGAAAAGUGAUAGCUGCCCCAUUUUUCUUUGUGACUUUUGCUGAUUUCUGGCUUGCUGAUCAGCUGAACAGUUUAGUCACCUUAUUCACUGACCUACAGUAUUUUGUAUGCUUUUACGUUACCAAUGGCAGUUGGUCAGAAGGAAAAAAUGCAAACUAUUGCGUCGAAAACCAUAUGUACAUUCGAGCCUUCAUGGCAUGUCUACCUCCCUGGUUUAGAUUUGCCCAAUGCUUGAGAAGGUACAGAGAUACCAAAGAAGCAUUUCCUCACAUUGCCAAUGCUGUCAAAUACGCCACAUCGUUUUUUGUUGUCAUUUUUUCCACUCUCAACAAAAUAUAUGAAUAUAAAUAUCCUCAAGAAGACAAAUUAUCACCGUUUCUGUAUCUGUGGAUAGGAGCAUCCAUUAUCAGUACUUGUUACGCAUACACAUGGGAUAUCAAGCUGGAUUGGGGUUUGUUUGACCCCAAAGCGGGCGAUAAUAAGUUCCUGAGGGAAGAAAUAGUUUAUACAUCGACGUGGUUCUAUUAUUUUGCCAUCGUGGAAGACUUGAUUCUUCGAUUUGGAUGGGCAUUCUUGAUCGGAAUGACAGAAAUGGGAUUUGCCAUGGAGAAUUCCAUGGUCUGUGUUUUAGCUCCACUAGAGGUAUUCCGGCGUUUUGUAUGGAACUUCUUUAGACUGGAAAACGAGCAUCUUAACAACUGCGGGAAAUUCAGAGCUGUCAGAGAUAUUUCUGUGGCUCCAUUGGACACGUCUGAUCAGACGCUGAUAGUUCGCAUGAUGGACGAAGAAGAUGGCGUUGUUAAUCGAAGAAAAAAGAAGAACAAGAGGAGGGGGGAACACAGGGUGUUGCUGGAAGCGGGGGAGUCGACUGACGAUUUAGAGAAUUAAAGAUAUUUCUUUUUUUAUACAAAUGGUUUAUUUUAAAAGACAUAUGGUAUUAUAUUUAUGUUAAUAAAAAA